UUUUUUUCUGUGAGCAGCCUAAUUUUGACGUUUAUCAGUUUUGUUUUGACUUUAGAGACGUGACGUUCCUAUAAAUUUUUUAAAAAUUUGGCUAAUCGACCAAUCAGUAAAUAUUUUACAAUAUGGCUGAUAAGAGAAAAGGGAAAAAGCGCAAGGAGGAAUAUGUUCCUCCAGGAGAAGAAGUGGUGGAAAAACCAUCAAAGGAGGAAUAUGCAAUUGCCAAAUGGAUGAGAAAAAAUGUUCCUAUCAAAAGAACUAAGUUCUUGAACUAUGUAGUGGAAUAUUUCACAGGUAAAAAAGCUGUGGAUGCACUUUUGGAGUCCAAAUGGGCAAAAGGUGACGAUGCACUGUUGAAAACUCGCGAAGAUGUGGUGGAUUUUCUACAUCUAAUGCUUGAGCAUAAAUUUUACCACAGAGCCCGCAAAGUACCAGUUUCUGAGCAGGAAUUGAAGGCCAGAAGGAAGGAUAAAAAGAAGGAGGUAACAGAUUCAGGCGAUGACAAGGAAAAAAAGAAAGAAAAGGAGAAAGAAAAAGUUACUGAUGCAGAGAGCAGCGUUGUGGAGGGCAGGCAAGAACAGCAGGUCGAGAAGGAGAAGCGGAAGAUGAAAAUACGUUUAGAAAUGCAUAACGAUCAGAGAUUCGUGGAUAGUUUGGAUGCUUAUGUGUGGAUUUAUGACCCAAUUCCUUUCCAUUACUGGAUCAUCGGAACCCUUUUCGUUCUAGGAGCAAUAGGAGUGUGUUUGUUCCCACUUUGGCCACCGUCAGUAAGGUUAGGGGUCUAUUAUUUGAGUGUUGCCGCAGCAGGUUUCUUGGUAUUCAUCAUUGUUUUAGCUGUAUUACGUGUAAUCAUAUUUUCUCUUAUCUGGAUGCUGACUUUGGGCAAACAUCACUUAUGGAUUCUUCCGAACUUGACUGAAGAUGUUGGUUUCUUCGCUUCUUUCUGGCCGUUAUACAAUUAUGAGUAUAAGGGCGGAGAGCAAAAAAGCAAAGAAAAGGGUAAAAAGAAGAAGAAGAAAGACAAGGAUUCGGAUGCUGAGGAAGAAGUAGAAAAUAAAGAUAAAAUGCUUCCAGAAGAAACUGAAAAAGUUGAGAAUCUACAAGGUCAAGAUACUGGAGAUGAAGGAACUGGGUUGAAUGGUUCGAAACUGAGCGAAGAGGAAAAUCGUGAUGGAAACAAAUCAGAAAGUGAAAGUGAAUCAAGUCAGAGAUCCAGUACUGGAAAGGAUUUUGAGAUGGUAGAUCAACAUGAAUUGGAAUCUUAAUUUGAAUAAAUAUUUAUAUUUUAUAGCGGAAUAGAUUGAGCUAUGCACUGAA